CCUUGCGCUCUACCAACUGAGCUAGACGGGCUUGGUGAAAACUAUAACUUUUAACUACAAGUUGACAUAAAUAGAAGCUCCUGGUGAACUUUGUGCUGUUUAUUUGGGCACCCAAGUACUACACUCAACACAAGACCAGAAAGUUCAUGGAAUAGUUCCCACAUUAAAAAACCAGCUGGUUUAGCGUUUCAAGCUUGUUCAUCAGUUCCUUAAAGAUCUCCCAUUCAAUUUCAGAACACCGGUGGGGUACACAUUAAGUGGAAAGGUCAACGGUCUACAAAAAGACAAUGAUUGAAACGAAAGGGGACAAAGGGAGCUGACUUUUUGUUGUUGUUGAAAACACUUCACGCGUCUAUAUCCAAACUUCUUUGAAUGCCUCACUAGACUUUUUUUAUUAUUAUUAGGAGAUCUCUCAGAUCUCAUUUACUCACAUUAAAAAAAAUAUCUCAAACACACAAGUAUGAAGACAGCUUCUUACAACUUCCUAUGUGUUGCAGUAUAUGUCCUAACUCUGCAGCUCAUCAACGGCUCAUCCUCAGCAACACCACCACCACCACCUCCACGUCCAGAUGUUAACUAUUCAGCUUCGUGUAGUAGAACCUGUGGUGGAAUCUCGAUUCCGUUCCCUUUCGGAAUAGGUGAGAGAGAGUGCUAUCUCAACAACUGGUACGAGGUUGUCUGUAACACCACCGUUCCCUUCCUCUCACGGAUCAACACCGAAGUGGUGAACAUCUCUCUUCCAGACGGUAAUAAACCAUACGGAGUGGUUCACAUCAAAGGUCCCGUGACUUCGUUGGGUUGCUCAAGUCAAGGACUAGAAAAGUCAACGCCAGAUUUGAAUGUCACGGGAAGAGGCAGUCCGUAUUUUCUCACAGACCAAAACCGUCUCGUGGCGGUUGGCUGCGGUACCAAGGCGUCUCUUACAGAUAUCAACUCAGAGAUCUUAGGUUGUGAGUCGAGCUGCCAAGACAGUAAACGUGGUCAACAAGUAACAAAUUCGAUCUGUGAUGGUUACAGAUGCUGCCAGGUGAGGAUACCAUUAGAACGUCCUCAGGUUAUAGGUAUCAACUUAGAGAACUCUAAUGUCACAAGAGGAGCAGGGUGCAGAGUAGCCUUCUUGACUAAACAGAGGUACUCGCCGAUGAAUGUAACAGAGCCAGAGCAGUUUCAUUCCAUGGGGUAUGCGUUGGUAGAGCUAGGAUGGUACUUUGAUACUUCUGAUUCUCGCUUUAGAAGCUCCUUAGGUUGUAGAAAUAUGACGCGUUACAGUUCUUACACCUCCUUUGAUAAAUGCGGUUGCGAGUAUCAGUACUUCUCUGGGAUGAGUUAUAGGAACUGUUAUUGCAAUAAUGGCUAUACAGGGAACCCAUACGUUAAACAUGGCUGCAUUGACAUAGGUGAAUGCAAAGGACACAACGUUUGUGGAGAGAGGACUUGUGUGAACUGGCCUGGAUCAUAUAGCUGCGAUCCCAUCGUAACCAAGCCGCAAAAGGCUUCUGUGCUUCAAGGCGUUCUUAUAGGUCUAGGAGUGUUGUUGUUCGUCGUUGGAGUCUUGGGGAUGUACAAACUAGUGAAAAAACGAAGGAAGAUCAUCCGCAGGAAGAAGUUCUUUAAACGUAAUGGAGGCUUGCUGUUGAAACAACAACUAACUACAACAAAGGAUGGGAAUGUAGAGAUGUCAAGGAUCUUUAGCUCAAAAGAAUUGAAGAAAGCCACUGACAACUUCAGCUUGAACAGGGUUCUUGGGAAAGGAGGUCAAGGAACUGUGUACAAAGGUAUGCUGGUAGAUGGGAGGAUCGUCGCGGUGAAGAGAUCAAAACUUGUGGAUGAAGAUAAGAUGCAAGAGUUUAUCAAUGAAGUAGCACUUCUCUCACAGAUUAACCAUAGGAACAUUGUGAAACUGUUGGGAUGUUGCUUGGAGACUGAAGUUCCGAUCCUGGUUUACGAGUAUAUUCCCAAUGGAGAUCUGUUCAAGCGUCUUCAUGAUGAAUCUGAUGAUUACAAGAUGACUUGGGAAGUGCGUCUUCGCAUAGCUGUAGAGAUUGCGGGAGCACUUUCAUACAUGCACUCAGAUGCAUCGUUUCCAAUAUACCACAGAGAUAUCAAGACUACCAAUAUAUUGUUGGAUGAGAAAUACAGAGCCAAGGUCUCUGAUUUCGGAACUUCGAGAUCCGUAACGUUAGACCAAACUCACUUGACAACAUUAGUUGCAGGGACUUUUGGGUACAUGGAUCCCGAGUACUUUCUGUCGAGCCAAUAUACUGACAAGAGUGAUGUAUAUAGUUUCGGGGUUGUCUUGGUGGAGCUCAUAACCGGCGAAAAACCAUUGACUCGUGUCCGGUCGGAAGAAGGAAGAGGAUUGGCAGCUGAUUUCCUUGAGGCCAUUAAUGAAAACAGAGUUUUUGACAUCAUUGAUGAUCGGAUCAAAGACGAAAACAAGCUGGACCAAGUGAUGGCAAUCGCAAAACUCGCUAGAAGGUGUCUAAGCCGAAAAGGAAGGAAGCGGCCAAACAUGAGAGAGGUUUCAAUUGCGCUGGAGAGGAUCCUCCGUUCAUCACUUCAUGAAGACAUAGAGGUCCUCAUCUAAAAUGAAGGUGAAGAGGAGGAACAAUCAACUCAUGGAAAUCAACAGAUUUGAAUCAAUUAAAUUUGUUAUGAGAGUUUAUAUUCCUUGCUAAUGUGUUAUAUAUAUAAUGAGUGCCACUUCUUUUUUUUUA